AUGGACGCCCUACUCUCACGGCUUGGUGUCCAGGCUAUGAACUAUGCCAUCAGGUCGGGACUUGCCCUUACCUCGACAUAUGCCAUUUCUCAAUGUUCUCGUCUUUUAAAGACUGUUGAUGACAAGAAUCUACGUACUGAGCUGAAGUCUCUCCAGAAGCGUCUCGACAGCAAGAUACAGAUUAUAUCACCCGCCAUCGAUCUUAUCGAGUUCAAGUCCGGUCGGGGAAACAUAUUCCUAGAAUCAGCCGUCCCUCUCGCCAAGUCACUACACCAAGACAUCAUCUCCUUGGGAAAGCGCCUAGAGGAUAUAGCAGCCGCAGAAGAAGAAUUAGCAGAGAGACGAUGUCCGAGAGAAACACCCGAAAGGCAGGAAGCAGCAUUCAGGUCUAUAAUCCUCGAUCUCAAGAAUCUCCUUGCGCGGAUCGACCAUGAUAUCCCACUACUGCAGCUUGCCAUUACAGCCUCUGGUGAAAGUUUGGGUACCUCACUGCCACCCGGGGUCUCCCCGUCUCGUCUGCUCCAAGCCAGUACCUUUUUGAUUGUGGGUGAUACCCAAUAUGCCGAGGCCACCAAGCCCGUCCAAAUCGGGCCAUCCUUUACCUUGUCUCUCUACAUGCUUUUCCUAGGCCAUGCUUCGACUACUUCUGGACAAGCGAACGAUGACCCCACCGCGGUUGUUGUCGAUGAGAAUCCGCCGUCGACACCAAGAACACAAAGAAGCCCCGAGUCGCGAGAAAAGGUGCCUUACGGCUUUGGGGAAAAUGAGAGAAAGCCUAUUUGGCAAGAGGUGAUGCACAAAGCUCGGGUUCGAUUAUGCCGUACGCCUAUACACUACGUUUUUGACCCUCUUGAGGGUUACAGACCAAAAUCCGGGCAUUCGACGGAUGUAGCGCCGGAUUAUUUCCCGACCGAUGAGUUUUCAUACCACCUGGAGAUCGUCGAGGACUUGGAUGAUGGGCGGGUCCAUGACGAUUUUCAACCCUCUCCGUAUGAUACCGUUUGCAAUGCCGGAAGACGAGAGUCUAUUCCGAUUCAUCAUUUGUCCAAAAUAUUCUACACAGAUACGGGAAGAAUAUUAAACGUGGGCAACGGGACGGGGUAUGAUAACAACCCGGUCCUGCUCCUAAAACGCGAUCUUGCCCCAAAGGUCCCGUCACGCAUGGCGGAGCGCCUAGAGCUGUACAACUCUCUGACGAGCAGUAAUGAGUUGCUAAGAGGAGAAUACUUGAACUCGGAAGAGUCGGAUGAGCAGCUAGACAUUGACCGCCAACUGACUAUCGAGAGCCGGCGCCAGGCAACUAGAAAAGACGAGGCUUCGCGUGGCCUGGAAAAGGAGCAAUGGAGGCUGCCUAUGCAUUUAGAUCCCGAGUGGCUAGCUCUCGAGGUCUUUGAAGAGGACGAGUCAGAGACUAGUGAUCUCGACGAAGACAGCGAAUCAGACCAAGAAGCGCAACAGCAGCCUCGCCACGAAAGGCGGUCACUAGACUCGAGUCUGAUUGACCAGAUUCGGCGCCUCUCUGUCAUGUCGUCGCAUGGCACCGCGUCUCAAUCGUCUUCGCGUCCUGUAUCCCAGAACUUGAGCGUUCAAAAAGCAUCGGCGAGCCAAGAGUCUUUGGUUGCGAGGUCUCCAUUUGGGGCUAUCGCCUCAUCGCUAUCUCUCAUGGAAAUGCUGAUCCGCUUGAGUAGUCUUCAAGAGUUUCAGCAAAUGUGCCACCUAUCCAUUCCCGAUCACAUCCUGACGUUCUUUUUGGAAGAGACGUCGACUACGGGAUUGACGGGUGAGGAUAAGUGGAACGCGAGGAAUGAUGCUAAGCGAAGAGUUGGAUUUGAUCCGUAUACCGAUAGUCCAAGCAAGUGA